AUGCUGGGCAUUCCUGUUCGCUUGCCCUUCUGUUCCGCGGUGAUUACAGAGACUGGGACCAUCUACGUCUCCGGCGCAGUCGGCGCCCGGAAAGGCAGCGACGGAAAGCCGGCCAUCGUCCCUGGGGGCCCGGAGAAGGAGGCAGUGCAGACGCUGCGAGUCAUUGAGGCGUGCCUAAACGCUUGUGGAGCCGGCCUUGAACAUGUGACGAUGGUGCACGCCUUCCUUGUGGAGUACACGACAGAGCGGUUUCAAGCCAUGAACGCCGGGUACAUGGAGGUUUGGGGCUCCCGCCCUCUCCCCGCCCGGAUUUGCACGGGCACGAGCCAUGUCGGUUUAGGCGGAUCGGUUGCGCCUCGGCUUGGGGUUGACGGGUUGAGGUUUAGGGUUUAG